AUGGAGAAAUCCCGACCCUUAUGGGACAAUCCCCUGCAGUUUGUUUUCGCCUGCAUUUCCUAUGCUGUGGGGCUGGGAAAUGUGUGGAGGUUUCCAUACUUAUGUCAGAUGUACGGAGGAGGUGGCUUUUUGAUCCCAUACCUCAUCAUGCUGAUUGCCGAGGGGAUGCCGCUGCUGUACUUGGAGCUGGCCGUGGGGCAGCGUAUGCGGCAGGGCAGCAUCGGCGCCUGGAAAAUAAUAAGUCCCUACCUCUGCGGUGUUGGAGUUGCCAGUGUUGUCGUCUCCUUCUUCCUCUCCAUGUACUACAAUGUGAUAAAUGCCUGGGCCUUCUGGUACCUCUUCCACUCCUUCCAGGACCCCCUGCCCUGGGCCACCUGCCCCAUCAACAGCAACCGCACGGGCUACGAGGAGGAGUGCGAGAAGACAUCGUCCACGCAGUACUUCUGGUACCGGCAGACCCUGAACAUCUCCCCGUCGCUGGAGGCCAGCGGCAGCGUGCAGUGGGAGCAGGCGCUGUGCCUGACGCUGGCCUGGCUCGUGGUUUACCUCUGCAUCCUCCGCGGCACCGCCUCCACCGGCAAGGUCGUCUAUGUGACAGCCUCUUUGCCAUACUGUGUUCUCAUCAUAUACCUCAUCAGAGGAUUAACACUUCAUGGAGCUGUGAAUGGGCUCAUCUACAUGUUCACACCAAAGCUGGAGCAGCUGUCGAACCCCAAGACCUGGAUCAGCGCUGCCACGCAGAUCUUCUUCUCGCUGGGCCUUGGCUUCGGCAGCCUCAUCGCCUUUGCCAGCUACAACGAGCCCUCCAACAACUGCCAGAGACACGCCAUCAUCGUGUCCCUCAUCAACAGCACCACCUCCAUAUUUGCCAGCAUCGUCACUUUCUCCAUCUACGGCUUCAAGGCGACCUUUAACUAUGAGAGCUGUAUCAACAAGGUGAUCCUGCUGCUGCUGAAUGCUUUUGACCUGGAGGAAGGCUCUUUAACAGCAGACAACCUCAAUGAGAUGAAAGAUUACCUCAUGGCCACCUACCCGCAGGAAUAUGCCCAAUUAGCACCACAGAUUAAAAACUGCAGCUUGGAAGCUGAGCUAGACACGGCUGUCCAGGGGACGGGACUGGCAUUUAUAGUCUAUUCGGAAGCGAUCAAAAACAUGGAGGUGCCCCAGCUGUACUCUGUGCUCUACUUCUUUAUGCUGCUGAUGCUGGGCAUUGGCAGCAUGCUGGGGAACACGGCUGCCAUCCUCACACCACUGACCGACAGCAGGGUCAUUGCCUCCCGCUUUCCCAAGGAGGUGAUCUCGGGUGUUGUGUGUUUCGUGAAUUGUAUAAUUGGCCUGAUCUUCACCAUGGAGGCUGGAAAUUACUGGUUUGACAUCUUCAACGACUACGCAGCCACCCUCUCGCUGCUGCUCAUCGUGCUGGUGGAAACCAUCGCUGUGUGUUACAUCUAUGGGAUAAGGAGAUUUGAGAAAGACCUUUACACCAUGAUGGGAAGCAAGCCAAACUGGUAUUGGAAAAUUAUGUGGGCUUUUGUUAGUCCACUGCUUAUUAUAAGCCUAUUUAUUUUUUACCUCACCGACUAUAUCCUCACAGGAACAUUGCAAUACCAAGCAUGGGAUGCCACACAGGGGCAGCUGGUGACCAAGGAUUACCCAGGCUAUGCCCUGGCGGUGAUCGGGCUGCUGGUGGCCUCAUCCACCAUGUGCAUACCCCUGGGAGCACUAAUGACUUUUAUAAGGAAGAGAAUGAAGAGGGAACGAGUUUCAACUGUUGCAUGAAAGCUGACAGCUGGAUUUGGGAAGACCUUACCCCCGUCACCAGUGACUGGGCACUUCUGGAAGACAGCAGCAACCAUUAUUUGUAGCAGCUACUUAUAGAGUUGA